CCAAGAUGGCAUACGCCCAUUUCUUCGCCUUCCACCACUCACUCUUCUCCCGUUCCUCAACAUCUUCCGGCACAGCCUCCUUGGGGAUCUGCAGAUUGACUACCGCAAACAGCAGUUGCCCCCAGGGCACGAGACUCUCGGCCGCCUGUUGGUGGGCAGUCAAAUGCACCACCAAUGAGGUCUUGUACGUUUUCAGUAUCAAGUGCAUCAUCGUCGGGAUCUCCUGCGCAGCACUCGGUGGGGUCUGCAGCAUCUGGUUUGCGAUGGAGACUAGGAAUCGAUGUACCCAUAAGAAAGCUAGUGGUAUCGAGACGCGCGAGGAAACGCACCGGAAAGCCCUAACGGCCUCCAACGAAGCCACACAUCCAGCAUGUACCUGCCUCACGUCCCCGCUUCCCAGCAGCGCCUUGAUCGUGUCCACCAGCCCUGGCCAUCGCGCAGGGAAGUCGUGUGCGAUCACGCCCUUGAGCGUGCUUGCCAGCUGGAGCGCGAUACUUCGCGACGGGGCGGCAGCGAGGAGGGGGAGGAGGUGGCUGCGGAGGGCAUCGCGAUCGGACGCGGCGAUGGUCGGUGCGUCCGGUCGCCGAGGGUUGGCGCCGGAUUCGGGCAGGGCGUAAGCGCUUUGCACGCGGUUUUUCAUCCAUACUGCACACGCUUGGCGGGUCGAUCUGGGGAUGUGAUGAGUGAGCGUAGGGUGCGAGUGGCACAGGGAAGGAGGCCAGGCGCGUCGAGAUCUCACGUACAUGUCGAUAUUGUCCGUUGCGAUGAUUUGCAGGAGGGCUGAAACCAUCCCCGUUUCAUUGCCGACCUGAAAUGAAGAGGUGGCAUGAGCAUAUCGUAGUAAGUCAAGGAAGAUGGGGGAGAUGAGGCUGGGAAUGGACGCCAACGACACGAAUAGAUGACUAGAUGGAGCGCGUAUAUGCAUACCUUGCGGAUAUCAAGCUCAGCAGCGCGGCGCUCAUUAGGAUUGCUGCUCAGCGUCGCGGUGUAGAGAUUCGAAAGCGUUUGAAGAUCCAUCGCUCUAUAGCGAAGAUUCACGAUCAGGAACAAGCGGGGUCAAAAGAACAGGAUGGCGCAACGCUACGUACCUGUUG